AUGACGUUGCCGCCGUACCGCCCGAAACCGCUCGAGAACGAAUCGGUGCUCGGCCGCGAAGGCGAGCGGGACGGCAUCGAUGUCGUGAUUGAGAUGCCCACAAUCGAGGAUGAGGAGGUAUUGCGGGAAGAUGAGAUGGAUGCCCUGUACCAGAUCCGCGUGGCCCGUCGACGGCAGAUUGACGAACGCGAAGCUCGCCGGGUUGCCCGGCGCGAGGCUCGCGCACGAAACGACCAGGCCGCGCUGCAGGAGAUCCGAGAGCAGGCGCGGGCGGCAUCGUUGAACAACACGCAGGAGAUUGAGAACCUGCGGGAGGACCACACGCGGGCGAAGGAGACACGAACGCGUGCCGUUAGUAGUGUCAGCUACGCCGACCUGGGUGUGGCCCGUCACGACGGCACACGCAUUCGGGCAAACAGCUCGGAAAGCGAACGCGUUGGCUUGCUUAGUGACAUGGCCAGUGUAGGCACCACGUCGGCCCAGUCCCCGUCUGCCACGGCACAGAACUUCCCUCGGGCCUCCAUGCACGAGCGCGGCCGCAGCGGCAGCUCGCUGUUGACCCUUGUCACGACGCGCAGCAGCGAUGAGCAGCCAUCCGCGCUGCAUCUGCAGCAAACGCUGACAACAGGGACGACACGGUCGAGAGCGAGCUCGACCGGCCCGCGUGACCGGGCAGGAUCGAGCCCCGAGCUGAUUGAUGCGUCCGAAGCGGCCGGCCUUGCCGAUGCAAACGACAGCGGUCAGCAUCCCACCGGCGCGCCGCCACAGUCGCCACCGAGCUACGACGAGGUGUCGCUCAACGACCUGACGCCGGCGCAGUCCCGCGCAGAGAGCCCGUACCCAGAGCCGCCGCCCGACUACCCCGGUCCGAGUCCGGGUCCGGGUCCGGGUCCCACAGAGAUGAGGAACCGGCGGGUGUCUGCGCACGCGGCGGAUCUGGCCGCCGAGUCGUCUGCAGCGGACCGUGUUCCGUCGUCGACAGUUGUUCCGUCGCCCGAGAGCACGGUCCGCAGCAGCAGCCAUGGCAGCGACGACAGCGCCAACCGCCGCGUAUCCCGCAACAGCAGCGUCCUCCCACAGCUGCCCAGCCUGCGCCUGCGGCAACUGCCACAGAUUGUCAUUGAGCCAUCGAGUGCGGCGCCACAACAGCCGCAUCCGUAA